CACAGAAAGGCGCUGCCAGAUUCUAGACACUUAGGUAAUGCCUCAGCUGUGCUUAUCGGUUAGCAAAAUUUAGGAAUGAAGCUUUUAUCAACGAACCUACCUCACACAUUACUGCAAUACAUAGUCAUAAUGUGCUAUCAGUAUGUAAAAAAUAAAACAAUAAUUGAUAACACCAGUACAUCUGAGUCGUACUGUGUUGGUACGGAGUCGGUCAUUGGACGGCAAAGUGCUGCGGAACUGAAUCGCGCCGGAAGUGUUUUGCUGUGUAUAAGAAUUUUUCUGCGCUCAUCAGGACUUUGCAGUGCUCUUGAAAUGGCCUACUUCAAGUGGAUGAAUAACGACCUGCUGACGGGGCUACUGUCUGAGCAGCAUGGAACCAGUUUCAAGCGGCUGAUUGCCUACGAUGUUAGCUUUGCCACCAAAAAGGGAGAUAAUUAUGCGAGUGAAAUGUAUCGUGUGUCGGUACAGUACGACAUCGGGAACAUAGUGAAGAAAAGGAUAAUUCUUAAGGUGAUGCCAUCGGGAGAACUACAGCAAAAAGUCAUGGAGGAGAACAGUAUCUACUCUAGGGAGAUAGAAAUUUACAGUCAAAUAAUGCCCAGGAUAUACAAGCUCUUAAGGUCGAUUGGUGAUGUUUCGAUCAUUUCGCCGCUCUGUUUGGCCACCGCCAACAUACCCAAGCAGAUGCUUGUGUUUGAAGAUGUUAGCGAACAGAGCUUUAAGAUGGUUGAUCGUCGCCUUGGAUUAGAUUUAGACCAUGCUCGCUUAGUGAUUGUAAAGCUUGCCAAACUGCACGCCUGCUCGCGGAUUGUGUACGAAGCUGAACCGACUCUGUUUGACCUCAUGAUGCAAGGAUGCAUUUCGGAGGAUCCCAAGAAGCAAACGUUCUUACCCUACUAUCGACGGUGCGUUGGUCAGGUGAUGCGUUUAGUACAGCAAUGGAACAAGGAUGGAAGAUGGAACUCGAUUCUGGGAAAACUGGACAAGCUUCGGGACAAAAUUAUUCCCUACGGAUGUGAUGUUUACCACCGACGGGACGAUUGCUUUAACGUACUUAAUCAUAACGACAUCUGGGUUAACAAUAUGAUGUUUCAAUUCGAGCAGGGAACAGGAGUGAAAGAUGUUCUGCUGCUGGAUUACCAACUAUCCUUUUACGGUUCCCCAGGGAUAGAUCUUAAUUUCUUGCUGUACGGUUCACUGCAACCGGAAAUUCGCAAAUUACAUCUCAUGGAGUUAGUACAGCUCUAUCACACUACGCUCCGUGGAACGUUGGAGCAACUGCACUACGGAGGAACCAUACCCAGCCUGCCAGACAUCCACGUGGAAAUCAUUCGCAAGGGAUUCCACCGUGUCAACGCCGUCUUUCAGCAGAUGCCCGUUGCCAUGAUGGAACGUUCGGAAGAUGCGGACAUGGAUUUGAUCUUGGGAGAGGGCGAACGAAGCGAAACAUGCCGUCGAGAGCUGUUUGACAAUCCACGAUACGUCAGCAUUUUGCCAGCCCUGUUGCAGGAGUUUGAUCUAGCCGGUUACUUAGAUUAAUCGUAACAUUUCGUAAUGUCUAUGCAUAACGUCUAGCCGUAACGUCAAACAAAAUCAAACAAACUGGUCAGGUAUGAGGCCUCACUCGGCGAUAGUUUUAAGCUUUCAUGUUAAGCAAGAUAUUAAAUAUUUAGAAAUAAACUUCGGACGACUUGGUGCAAAUGCCCUAUGAUUUAUGGAUAGCAUUAACUGCUUUGUUCAU